AUGCUGAUUAGAUGCCAGGACCCUACUUUGCAGCGCUGCUAUGGCAUUAAGAAGAAAGUAGCUGAAUGCGACUGGGAAUAUCUCAAAACACUUCGCACCUUACAGUCACCACAUGUACCGAUGCCACGGUUACUUGACGUCUUAGAAUAUCUUCGACAGCCAGGUCGUGAACAUAUCUGGGCCUUGCUUGAUAUUAAACUGAAUAAUGAUCCGGCUACUAUUAUGAAGGGCAUCGCCGAGGCGAUUGAAUCAGUACCUAUUCCAGCUAUUGGUCCAGACUGGCAUCGUCGCAUUGUGCUCGGAUGUUGGUCUGCCCGCUACUUGCCGCCACGGGCGCAAUAUCUCCCUCGGUAUUCGAUAGCGCUGAUCUGUUUUGACUUGAACUAUGCUCGCCAAUUCCUACAAGUUCCUCGCAUAUCGUUCAACGUUAACCAACAGGUUUUGAUGGGCCCAUUGGGUCGAGGAUUUCUAGAGGAAGCGCGUGCUGCCCAUCGUCGGGUGUAUCUGUGGACAGUGAAUGCGCCCAAUUUAAUGCGCUGGGCCAUUCGUCACAAAGUUGAUGGCAUUAUUACAGAUGAGCCCGGUGAACUUCAAAGCGUUUGUCAAGAGUGGGAGAAGGGCCAGGCAGGUGAUUCACUUUCUUCGCACAACUCCAACUUAGAUAGACUAACUGUUCGCCAACGUGCGCGAAUUUGGUUCGUCACUUUAUUUGUCCUGCUCUUUGGGUGGAUUAUCAAGCGCAAAUACCUUACAGCGGUAGACCGUGUGCAUUUCAAAGAAGAGAAAGCCACAUGA